AUGAGAUUUUCCUGCAUUGCCCAAACGCUAGGUGCGGCCUGUGGCCUGGCUUCUGCUUACCAAUACUCCAAUGAAACGGUUACGACCUUGGCUCCUAGCACCGAAACUGCAGCCCUUACGGAAACCAUCGAAUACACCAGCGAUGGUUCCGACAUUACCUCCACGGUCACUCUUCUAACUACAAUCACCUUGAGUGGGAACAGCGCAAUCUCCUCGGGUGCCGCUCCGUCGGCCGCGGUCGUCACUGUUGAUGCCGGCAAUAACAAAGGCGCCGGCGCUGUGUCUGCUAGCAGUGAAUUGACCUCAACUUCUGAGGUCUGGUCCACCAUUACUUCAACCUUGUAUACGACAGAAUACUUCACCCUGUCCAACAGCCAAGUUUCCCAAACUGUGAGUGCCUACGAAAAGCAAAUCAUCGUAGGGACCUCUGUGCCUUCUUGUACCCCCCAGACUGUUACCGUAACACAGCAGGAAACUCAGACCCAAUACGUUACCGUCACCGCUGGCCCAUCAAGUGCCUACUGGAGUCCAUCCUCGGCUGCUUUUUACAACAGCACUAGCAUUCAAAAUUGA